GUUAACAUCUAGUCACAAGAAAACUAAUAUAUAAAACCUAGAGUUAAGAGCAUUCUUCCAGCUCACAUUUUUUGAUUAAUAUGAAUUCUUCCCUAUUUUUCACUUUUAAUGUUCUUAGUUUAAUUUUAAUGCAACAAACUGUUGUGGCAACUGGAAAACAAUGUAUGGAUAUUAUCACCAUCCGUAACAACGAAAAUGACACGAUAACUCCCAAAAUUUUUUAUUAUGAAGGAGCAGGACAGCAAAUCGCUGAAAUAUCGUGUGCAGGAGAGACGAGUGGUGUUGUUGAAUUGAUUUCAAAUGAUAGAUCACUUGGAGUAAUUGAAGAUAGAUCGCAUAAAGCCAUUUGCCGUUUAGGAAGAUGGUACUCAUUGAACAAGUACGGCGGUUUAACUGUGGUCAAAGAAGUUGCAUGUUUGGUUCAUCUUUGACUUUGCAUUUAUUUAUUUAUUUAAUAUCAAUUUUUAUGAUAAUAUGUAGUAAUGAACUCGUUUUCCGACAACAGUAACCGUAAUUUAGUUUGUUCAAUUUUCAUGUUCCACAUCAAGAAGUAAUUCUGAUACCAAAUCUUGACUCGUAUUUUGUUCUCCACUAAUUUCCAAUGAACUUUCUAGUUUCGG